UCAAAGAAAAGUGAUGGAGUUUCCACCAGGUAUUCGUUUCAAGCCUAAGGAUGAAGAACUCAUCGUUUUCUACUUGAAGCCAAAGGUCGACGAACAGCCUGUCCCUCCUUCUGAAAUAAACAUCGUCGAUUUUUACCAGUACGAUCCUCAGACGCUAGCAGAUGAACAUCCUUCUCGACUCGGGCAAAAGGAAUGGUAUUUUUUCACGUUUCGGGAGAAGAAGUAUCAGAACGGAAAGAGGCCUAAUCGAUCGGCUGGCAAUGGCUAUUGGAAGGCCACCGCAGCAGAUAAGCCUAUACACCUUGAUCAGACGGAACAAAUCAUUGGUUACAAGAAGAAUUUAGUAUAUUACGAAGGAGAUCAUAAAUAUUCACGAAAGACCGAUUGGAUUAUGCACGAGUACAAGUUACCUAUUGCAGACCCUACUCCUAAAACAGAAAAACUCCCAGAAGAUGAGAAUGAUAUGAGGUUGGACAGUUGGGUGAUAUGCCGAAUCCACAAGAGAGAAACAAAGUCGAACAAGGCUGAAUUGGACGACAACAACACACAUGUUGCGUUACCACCACCACCACAAGAAAUGGAUGAACAACGACACCACCAGCACCAGCAGCAGCACCACCACCACCACCACCAAUAUAAUCCUUUUCCACUAGUAGACGAUUUUUUCCCGGAAGACGACGUAUACUACGGCCAAGACGGUUUCUUCCAACCACGACAACAAGACGAAGGUUUCCAACCGCAACAACAACAAGACGAAUGUUUCCAACCGCAACAACAACAAGACGGUUUCUUCCAACCACGACAACAAGACGAAGGUUUCCAACCGCAACAACAACAAGAAGGUUUCUUCCAACCACGACAACAAGACGAAGGUUUCCAACCGCAACAACAACAAGAUGAAGGUUUCCAACCGCAACAACAACAAGACGGUUUCUUCCAACCACGACAACAAGACAAAGGUUUCCAACCACAACAACAACAAGACGGUUUCUUCCAACCACGACAACAAGACGAAGGUUUCCAACCGCAACAACAAUCAGACGGGUUUUUCGGUUUCUUCCAACCACAACAAGACGAGGAGUACUCCGAAUAUGUAGCGAGCUUAUUAUAUUACAGAAGUUUGUCUAGUUAAUUAAAUUAUCUAUGCAUCUUCAAAAUUGUUAAGUCGCAUUUUUUUUAAUGGAUAAAGCCAAUUGUAGAUUAUCCAGGGAAUAUAUAUAUGUAUGUUUAAAUUUAACUGUUGAAGCUAUGCAUAUCUAUGUAUUAAUUUUAAUAUUUGAAAUUCAAUUUAUUCAUACACA